AUGGAAAACAAGCAUGCGGAUAAUUCUCCCAGGGUGGGUACCGGCAAUGCCGGAGAAUCCCACACUCCCGCUUCGGCGGGGGAUCGGGCCAUGUAUACUGGGGGCCCCAAACAUGCUUUGAAGGAGAGGGGGAGGAAUAACGACUUUGGCAACGAUUUAAUGGACGAUGAAAGGCAAUGCGAUUUGGUAAUGACGACGGCGAGCGAGGGUGGAUCACGGGCGGCAACGCCCGCAUCCAUAGGCACGGGCUCUGGGUUCUUUCGAAGACCCGGAGGUGAUAGCGGCGAGAGCGGUGAUGAGUCCGCCGCCUCUCAUAACCCGGGCGUAGACAGUGAGAGGGGAAGGACCCGGGCCACUUUCCGGCGCAAGAGGCGCGGUAGUGAGCUCGAAAAUAGCCCGGAAAAAGACAGGGGAGCGGCCGCAAAGCCCUCCUCCAAACGCGGAAGAGGAAGACCGCCCAUCACAGGGAAAUAUGUUGGCUUGUACAAGACCAAGAAGGAUCUCCUCGACAUCAAGCAGAGGGAACUUGACGUCGAGGUAGAGAAGGAACUACUGGACGUGACAAAGGGACUCCCGAACCUACGGUCCAACCGGCUGUCGGAGUCCUCACUCUCGGAUCGCAUAAUGGCGGAAGACGAGGUCACAACGGCGAAACUUGGCGAGGCAAUAACGCAGAGCCUUGCCGCCAUCUCCGCUGUGACUCAGAAGUCGAAGAAUCUUAAGGGAACCUCCAUCGCGGCCCUUAAGAAAGCGUCCUGCACCAUAAAGGAGGCGUGCGUUUGCCUUCUUAGCAGGACAGUAUCGGAAGAGACGAGAUCCCUGGCGGCGGAAAACACACGCCUCUCCAGAGAGCUUGAGGUUAUGAAGAAGGAGCUAGAGGCCGUCAAGCGUAAGCUCGCUGACGCCCAACCACAGUCUGCUCCCACCAUCAAAGAGCCGAAUGUGGAAGAGCUAUUGCAGCGAGCGCUGCGUGAGGCGGUCUCCGUGAUGAACGCCCGCAUGGACGCGCGCCUGGAGGGGCUGGAGGCCCGACUUUUACCGGAGCCUCGCCUGCGCCCUCCACUCGCCGCGGACAAAAAGAAGGAAAGCGCUGCCUCCACAUCAGUCGCAAGGCCGCAGCUACCUGAAAUGGAAAAAGAGAUUCCGCCUACGCCGGGGCCAUCAGUCUCUACAUUGAUGCCUCCGACGAAUCCGGGUCCCAAACCAAAAAGGACAAAGAAGAGGCGAAAGUCUGCCGCCGCCGUCGAGGCUCCAACCGCGAGAAGCGAUGCAACGACUGCGGCAGUUGCGACACAGCCAACAGCCUCUCCUUCAUGGACAGAGGUAGUAAAGAGAGGGAAGACACCGAUGAAGGCGGGAGACAGGAAAAAGACGCUGAAGAAGAAGGAGAAAAAGAAGAAGGAAAGACAGCUCCGCGCUCCGAAGACAGCAGCCGUAGUACUUACGCUGCUUCCGGAUGCGGAGAAAAAUGGCGUCACUUACCAGGACGUCAUUGAUAAGGCCAAGUUGCAUCUGGACUUGACUGCACUCGACAUCCCGGCGGUCAAAUUUAAGCGGGCUAUAACCGGUGCUCGUAUGUACGAAGUCUCGGGGGCGGAAUGUAAGGAGAGGGCCGACGCUCUGGCGAGCAAAUUAAGAGAGAUUGUCGGAGAGGACAUGGUGCGCGUGUCCCGACCGCAAAAAUGCGCCGAGCUCCGAAUCACGGGUCUCGACGACUCUGCAACAGCGACAGAAAUCACGGCUGCUGUCGCAAGGAAGGGUGGUUGUCGACCGGAAGAUAUCAGAGUCGGCGAGAUCCGUGUAGACAGAAGAGGACGCGGUAUGGCCUGGGUCAGGUGCCCGGUUGAGGCCGCCAAAUUGGUGAUGGCACCUCCUACCAGGGUGUGCGUCGGCUGGACGGUAGCGCAAGUGACCCUCCUGUCCCAGCGCACCAUGAGAUGCUUCCGGUGCCACGAAGAGGGACAUACCCGAGCAACCUGCUCCUCAGAAACUGACCGCAGUGAACUCUGUUUCCGCUGCGGUCAGCCCGGGCACUCGACCAAACAGUGCGGAAACCCUCCGCACUGCGCGUUAUGCUGCUACAACAUCUACGGCGGCCCCCAGUGCCAGAGCGGACCCCAUGGAGGCCCAAUAACGGCCACCUUACGGUUUCUUCAGGGCAACCUGAAUCACUGCGCUGCGGCGCAGGAUCUUUGGGUUCAGGUUCUUUUGCAGUGGGAGAUCGACGUGGGCAUUAUUGCAGAGCCGUACCGCGUCCUGGAUAGAAGCGACUGGGUGGGAGACGUCGACUCGUUGGUCGCCAUAGUCUUUGGUCCCAAAAUCGUGCCUCCUUCGUCGAGGAACGCGAUAAGGGGCCGUGGAUUUGUUGUCGCCAUCUUGGGGACCCUCACCGUGGUGGGGGUUUACUUUUCCCCCAACAAGCCGAUCGUCGAGUUUGAGGCGCUCUUGCUUCAACUGACCGCCGUCGUAGAGGGGUCGAGUCGCCCCGUAGUUGUUGCCGGAGACUUCAACGCGAAGUCUCCGCUGUGGGGCUCCCCGGCGGCAAAUGCGAGAGGUCGACUCUUGGAGGAUUGGUUGGUCACUACCGGCCUGGUCCUGGCAAACCGCGGUGCGUCCAGUACAUGCGUCCGGCCACAGGGAGAGUCCAUAGUGGACCUCACCCUGGUCAGCCCAGCCAUCGCCCCGCGUAUCACCGAGUGGAAGGUCUUGAGUCGCAUUGAGACUCUCUCGGACCACCUCUACAUACGCUUCGUCGUCUCGGCUCACUUGACGGAGCCAGGCCGCUCAUUCACACCUGGUACAGGCCUGAGGUGGUCUUUGAAGAAGUUGGACCGCGACCUCCUCAAAGAGGCAGCAGCCGUCGCAUCGUGGGCGCCUCUACCAUCAGAGGACGUAGAAGAGUGCGCGGAGUGGCUGAUUGAGGCGGCACACAACAUAUGUGACGCCUCAAUGCCCCGCGCCGGACCAGCCGUGCCAAGACGCCAGACGUACUGGUGGAGUCCGGAUUUGAAGCGUCUCCGUGAUGAGUGUGUGGCAGCUCGCCGCCGCUAUUUGCGGUAUCGAAGACGACGGAUCCGAAGCGAGGCAGAGGAGGAGUCCAUAUACGAUGGAUACCGCACUGCGCGCCAUAACCUUCGCGAUGCCAUCAGACUGGCCAAGAAGACGGCAUGGGAGGAAUUCCUGGGUACUCUGGAGCAGGACCCGUGGGGCAGACCUUACAAGUGGGUGAGGCAAAAGCUUCGCCCUGCUGCCCCACCUCUCACCCAGUCCUUGCCACCGGAAUUCUGUAGAACUAUUGUGUCGGCCCUAUUUCCACCCAGGGCCGAGUGGUCCCCACCAACUAUGGCACUACCAACUGCAGAGACCGAGGAGGAGGAAAUUCCCCCAGUGACAGCCGGAGAACUGGCAGCGGCGGUCCAUAAAAUGGCCCUCCAGAACAAAGCCCCUGGAUUAGACGGGGUCCCCGGUCGUGUCUGGGUGCUAGCGAUGGAGCAGAUGGAAGAGCGUGUUCUCGCCCUACUGAACAUGUGCUUCGUGCAAGGGCGAAUACCACGUCGCUGGAAGACUGGCAAACUCGUGCUACUCAGGAAGGUCGGGCGACCCGAAGACCAGCCGUCAGCCUACCGCCCUAUCGUCUUGAUCGACGAGAUUUGUAAGACGAUGGAGAGGAUCGUAGUGGCGCGUCUCGACCGCCAUCUAGAGAGCGUCGGCCCGAACUUGAGCGAUGCUCAGUUCGGGUUCCGGUCUCGUCGAUCGACGAUGGAUGCGGUGGCACGGCUCCGGUCUAUUACGAGGGAGGAGAUCUCUCGGGGCGGGGUGGUGUUGGUUGUCUCGUUAGACAUCUCCAACGCAUUCAACACCCUGCCCUGGGAAACCAUAAAAGAGGCCCUUCGAUACCACCGAGUGCCGGGAUACCUUUGCAGACUCGUGGGCGACUAUCUGUCGGAGCGCUCGGUGCAGUACCCUACUGAAGAGGGAUGGGAAGAGCAGGAGGUGGACUGCGGCGUCCCGCAGGGUUCGGCUCUCGGCCCGAAACUGUGGGACAUGGGUUAUGACCACGUGCUUCGCGGUGCCAACUUACCCGGCGUGGAGUUGAUCGCGUACGCGGACGACACCGCGGCGGUCUGCCGCGCCAAAACACACCGCGAAGCCGUAAUACUUGCGACGGCAGCUGUUGCACAAGUUGUGCGCAGAAUACAGGCGCUAGGCUUGACGGUGGCGCUUAACAAAUCUGAGGCCAUCAUCUUUCAUGGGCCCAGAAACGCGCCGCCGCCCGGUUUGGCGGUGAUAGUCGGUGGAACAUCCAUCCCAGUAUCGUCAACUCUGACAUACUUAGGACUAGUACUCGAUAGUCGGUGGUCCUUUAAGGAGCACUUCCGCCGGCUAUCCGAGAAGGUAGCGAAGGCAGCAGGAGCUCUAGCAUCGCUGCUCCCCAACCUAGGGGGCCCGAGCCUGAGCUGUCGGCGCCUGUACAUGGGCGUUGUACGUUCCAUGGCCAUGUACGGUGCGCCGAUCUGGGCCGAAAAUUUGUCAGCCAAAAACAGGCUCAUCCUUGGUCGGCUACAAAGAACGAUGGCAACGCGAGCAGUGCGCGGGUAUCGCACCAUCUCCCGGGAUGCUGCGUGCCUGCUCGCCGGAAGCGUCCCAUGGGACCUGGACGCAAGAGCCCUCGCCGAUGUGUACUGGCGUAGCGCAGAAGUCCGCGCGGGGGGCAGCAAUCCCCUUCCGGACGCCGUACGUCGGUGGAGGGACGAAGCCAGAGACAGGGCCCUGGAGUUGUGGGAGGAGCGUCUCUUGGAGCCGCGUGUAAGCGUAGACCUCAUAGGGGCUAUUCGCCCAGUAUUCAGAGAGUGGGUGGACCGAAAGAAAGGCGCCCUCUCGUUCCGCCUCACACAGGUGCUGACCGGGCACGGCUGCUUCGGUCGGUACCUGUGCGAGAUCGUCGGAAGGGAGGAGACGACGCGGUGCCACCACUGUGACGACGAAAGGGACACGGCCGCGCACACCUUAACGGCUUGUCCCUCUUGGACACGACAACGUGCGGCAUUAACGGCCGCCAUCGGACCGGACUUAUCACUGCCAGCGUUGGUAAGUGCCAUGCUGGGCAGUGAGCAAAACUGGAGGGACGUGGAGAAGUUCGCCGAAGAGGUGAUCUCCAACAAAGAAGAGGCAGAGCGCGAUAGAGAAAGGCGGGCGCUGGACCCUCUUCGACGAAGACGACCAAGGCGACGUGUCAUCCGGAAUGAUAACUUGCCGCCGUAA